AUGGCCGUCUCCAAGAACGCUGCCGAUGACAUGAUGCGCGUGCUGUCUAUCUACGACGCGCGCUUGCUCCCCAUGUCCCCUCCGGCGGAGGGUGAGGCGGCCGGGGAGGCGUACGGGUGUGAUCAGAGGGAGGUGGAGGAGCAGGAGCAGGAGCAUGAGGAGGAGGCGUUCGCCGCCGCGGAGGACGUCAUCCGCCGGUGCAACUCCUCCUCGUCGUCGUCCGGUAUGACCGACUACCUGUACGCCGUCGACGACGCCCUCGCCGCGGCCGCGCUCCAGGGCGGCCUCGCCUCCCGCGCAGCCGAGGUCGUUCAGGCCGCCAUGCCGCGCCUGGAGGAGGAGGCGCGCGCGCUGCUCUGCUCUUCGUCCGCGCGGCGCCUCUCGCUCUCCUCGGACGACCUCGACGACGCGGCCACGCCGCCCGACGCGUCGCCGCGCCUCUCCCCGCGCGCGGCCGCCUCCGUCCGCGGCGUCGCGGAGCGCAUGCUGCGCGCCGGCUACGGCCCGGAGCUCGCGCAGGUCUACGUCACCGCCCGCCGCGACGCGCUCGCGGAGGCCGUGGCGCACCAGCUGGGCGCCGCCGAGCCCGUGGCCAUCGAGGAGGUGUUGAGGAUGGAAUGGGCGGUGCUCGACCAGAAGAUGCGGCGGUGGAACCAUGCCAACCGGGCCGUGGUCAGGACCCUCCUCGCCGGCGAGCGGCGGCUCUGCGACGAGGUCUUCGCGUCCGACGAGGAGCUCGGCCACGAGUGCUUCGCCGACGUCUCCAGGGGCUGCGUCCUGCAGCUGCUCGGCUUCGCGGACGCCGUCGCCAUGUCUGCGCGCGCCACCGAGAAGCUCUACCGCACGCUCGGCAUGUACGAGGCGCUUGCCGACGUCGCGCCGGAGCUCGAGGCCCUCUUCACCGGAGACGCGCGCGAGCUCUUCGCCGCCGAGGUCUCAGCCGUGGCCGCGCGGCUGGGCUCCACCGUGCGCCGCACGAUCGAGGAGUUCGGAAGCGCCAUCCAGGGCGAGUCGUCGAGGAGGCCCGUGCAGGGCGGAGAGAUCCACCCCAUGAACCGCUACGUGAUCAACUACUGCGGCCUUCUCGCGGACUGCCGCAGCACGCUGGACAUGAUCCUCGUCAACACCGCGGAUGCGGUCGACGGCGACGAAGCCACCGGCGGCGGCGGGGGCGCUACGUCGACGCCGUCAGGGCGGUGCAUGCUCGAGCUGCUGACCCGGCUGCUGCGCAAGAUGGACGAGAAGUCGUGCCUCUACGACGACGCCGGCCUGAAACACAUAUUCCUCAUGAACAACCUGUACUACAUCGUGCAGAAGGUGAUGGACUCCCCGCUCCGGGAGCUCCUCGGCGACGACUGGAUCCGCCGGCACCGCGGCCAGAUCCGGCAGUACGAGACGGGCUACCUCCGGGCGUCGUGGAUCACCGUGCUAUCCGUCCUCAGGGACGACGGCGGCAGCGCGGCGCCGACGGUCAAGGACAAGGCGAGGAGCUUCAACGCGGCGUUCGAGGAGCUGUACCGGAGCCAGACGGCGUGGAAAGUGAUCGACCCGCAGCUCCGGGAGGAGCUCCGCAUCGCCGUGUCGGAGCGGCUUAUCCCGGCGUACCGGUCGUUCCUGUCGCGGCCGAGGCCGCAGACGGGAUCGUCCGGCGGCAGCCGGCACUCGGCGUCGAAGCACGUCAAGUACACCCUUGAGGAUCUCGAGGACUACAUGCUGGACUUCUUCGAAGGCGUGCAGAAGUUCGUCAAGUGA